CCCAUAAUGAUCUCUAUCUUUUCUCUCCUCUUUACAGUAUGAAUUUAAAGUGAAGAAUAUCAAAAAGAAGAAAGUCAACAUCAUUGUGUCUGUGGACGGGGUGAAAGUAGCGCUGCGGAAAAAGAAAAAGAAAAAAGAAUGGACCUGGGAUGAAAGCAAGAUGAUGGUGAUGCAAGACCCAAUAUACAGGAUAUUCUACGUAUCACACGACUCUCAAGAUCUGAAGAUCUUCAGUUACAUAGCAAGAGAUGGACAGAGCAAUGUGUUUCGAUGUAACGUCUUCAAAUCAAAGAAAAAGAGCCAAGCCAUGCGGAUAGUGCGGACAGUGGGCCAGGCUUUUGAGGUCUGUCAUAAACUUAGCCUGCAACACACCCAGCAAAAUGCAGAUGGCCAGGAAGAUGGUGAUGCUGAGAAGACUUGCACAGAUUCUGGAGUAACAGGGCGGGAGCUCACAGGGGCCGAAAAGCCGCCUGCAGAUGAGACCGACAUUGAUGCAGAGGAGCUUCCUCUCCCCGACAGCACAAUGGACGAGUUCAAUCGUGGAGUCACUGACCUGGAUGCGGCCAAGAAAGAGGAAGAUGUCACCAAGGACAAAAAGCCCUCUGAAGAGCCCAACAUCCUGCUGGCUUCCCCUAAGUUGCUGCUUCCUUCAGGCAGUCAGCUGCCAGCCAGCACUCCCCUGUCUGUGCACCACCAGCUCCAGCUGCUCCAGCAGCAGCUCACCCAACAGCAGCAGCAGACUCAGGUGGCCGUGGCCCAGGUUCAUCUGCUGAAGGAUCAGCUCUCUGCAGAAGCUGCGGCGAGGAUUGAGGCCCAGGCUCGAGUUCACCAGCUGCUGCUGCAGAAUAAGGACCUACUGCAGCAUAUUUCUCUCCUGGUCAAACAGGUUCAGGAGCUGGAGCUCAAGCUGGCUGGGAAUGGCUCUAUGGGAUCCCAAGACAGUCUCCUGGAAAUCACCUUCCGUGCCAACGUGCCCCCAGUCCUAUGCGACCCCACCACCCCCAGACCAGAAGACGCCAUCCUUCCUCCACUCAAUGAUGGGACACAGCUAUCCCUGCCGCUGGGCAGUCCAAUAGUGGACCAAAGCAUGUUUGAGAACUGCAAUGCUGCGGAGCAGCCGAAGCUGAGCUUUCGUCAGGCCGGCAGCAGCACCUCCACAGACACAUCUGCAGGAUCAAAGACAGGAGGCAGCCAGCACCUAAAAAACGCCCUGAACUUGGGCAAAGCCAUGGGAGCCAAGGUAAACGACCUGCUCCGCCGAAAAGAUCCCAGCAGCCUCGGAGACAUCGGAGUCACAGAGGUGAAUAAGAACGUGGAGCCAGUGUGGUCCAGCCUGGCUGAGUUGGGCCACAGUACAGCAAGAAACAGUCACAUCUCCCUGGAUUCCUUCCCUCGGCUAGAUCCCCCACCUCCCACCGGCAAAAAGCGUCUCCCACGGGCCCUGAAGACCACCCAGGACAUGAUGAUAUCCUCUGACCCCGUGGUAGCCUCCCCAGAAUCCUCCUUCAUCUCCUCACCUGACAAGAUCUCCAAAGAUAAAGCUGAGCUUCAGCCUGAACCAAGGCCUGAAGAGUCCAGCCUUGAGAAACCUUCAGAACCCGGCGACCGUGUCGACAGCCAGAUGGAGAAGACGCCUGGUUUAGAACUAAAAAACGAGCCCACAGCUGUGGUGACAGAAGAGAAAGAUUCUGAGGGUGUCGAUCAGUCACAGCUGCUGCUCUCUGUUCCAGAUCUCAUUCACAAAGACAAUCUGGACCCAAAGAAACUGGCCAGCUCAGAAACUAGAAUGGCUUCCACCCCGUGUCCAGGGAAAGGAGGCUGCCGCAUCAGCGUCACAGAGGGGGAAUUGUUGGGGAAUGGCACAGCGGAUUACCGGACCCUCAGCUUGGAGAAUGAAGAAUCCCACCCUGACCUGCUGUCAUUUGAAUAACAGGCUUGAGACCCUUAAGAUCAUUGAUUCUCUCAUUUAAACUGCUUUCAUUCUAUAUUUCAUAUUUUGCCUUUAAGCACCACUGAUUGUACUUAGUUAUUUCGUAGAUAUAAUUAUUGAAAUGAUAAAAAUCACUAUUGUUUUAUUUUUAAUCGUAGCACCAUAAUCAAUUUAAAAGAUUGUAUUUUAAAGUAUUUGUGGACCUGUAUUCAAAAAACCAUGAUGAAUCAAUUAACAGAAACCAAAGUAUAUACUACACUGCAAAAAAAGUUUUGAAUUAGUAUUUCUUGGCUUUUUUCCAGUCAAAUAUUCCAAUAGAACUUCCAGAUAAAUUUACUUGAAGCAACACUACUGCAUAAGAUAUUAAGACUUGUUCUCAUUAUAUCAUAAAUAUUAAUGAAUUUUGUGUUUCUUACUGUAUUGGAAGAUUGUUUCGCUCAUUUUAACUAUAUAAAAGACUGAUAAUGAUACAAAAGAUUUCGGAUUCAUAUAAAUGCGGUUCUCAUGGACUUCAAAUCAACAAAUCCUGAAACAAAUGUAUUCACAAUCAACUUAUUAGAAUGAUUUCUGAAGGAUCAUGUGACACUGACAACUGAAAAAUCAGCUUUGCCAUCCUAGGAAUAAAUGACAUUUUAAAAUAUAAAAAAAUAGAAAAGAGUUUUUUUUAAAUUGUAAUGAU